AUAUAUAUAUACAUAUCCUAGUUCUUUCCGUCUCUGAUUUUUGUCAUCAAGGAACACUCCUCUUUUUCUUAUCCUCUGUUUCAUCUCUUUUGCUUUCUCAAGCAUUUUUCUCCUCUUUGUUACAGACAGAGACGGAGAACUUCUCAUUCCCUUUGUGAGGUGGACUCAAUCCGUUCAUUCAUUCUUUCAGCCAUUCAACUUGGUUUCCAUCCUCAUCAACUUUUGCAAUGGGGAAGUCCUCUUCUCUUCUUCCUCUCUUCCUCUGUUCUCUUCUCCUUUGCCUCUCUAUAUUCCAUAUCAAGCCUGUUAAUGCCUUGGGGACCGCCGAUGGAUCGGAGGAGUGGGGCUAUGUUCGAGUUCGGCCAAAAGCCUACAUGUUCUGGUGGCUUUACCGGAGUCCACAAAGAGUUGAGAAUGCUUCAACUCCAUGGCCGACAGUACUGUGGCUGCAGGGUGGACCUGGAGGUUCGGGUGUCGGCAUCGGAAACUUCCAGGAGAUUGGUCCAUUGGAUACUGAUCUGAAGCCACGGAAUUCGACAUGGCUGCAGAAAGCUGAUCUCCUUUUUGUGGACAACCCAGUUGGGACCGGAUACAGUUUUGUGGAGGAUACAACAGCUCUGGUGACGACCGAUUGGGAAGCAGCAACUGACUUAACAACGUUUCUCAAGAAGCUCUACAAUACGAAUGAAAGAUUGCAGAGGAGCCCACUCUACGUUGUAGCAGAGUCUUAUGGUGGCAAGUAUGCGGUGACUCUCGGCAUAUCGAUUGCCAAAGCCAUUAAGGCUGGAGAAUUGAAGCUUACAUUUGGAGGAGUUGCUCUAGGAGAUAGCUGGAUUUCGCCAGAAGAUUAUGCGUUCUCAUGGGGGCCUCUGCUUUUAGAUGUCUCGAGGCUAGAUUUUCUAGGUGCAGAAAAUUCAAACAGUUUAGCUGAACAGAUUAGACAACAACUAGCAGCAGGGCAGUAUCAGGACGCCACAGACACGUUGAGUGCUCUGGAGGGAGUCAUCACCUCGAGCAGUGCCGGUGUUGAUUUUUAUAAUUUCAUGCUGGAUGCUGACGAAGACCCUAUCGCCGCAUCAACAAACUUAGGGAUAUCAGAGAAAUUAACCAUGAAGAAGAGUUACUCGAUGUACCUCAGUUCCAAGGCUUCCUCCACUGGUAGUCUUGCUGAUCUCAUGAAUGGAAUAAUUAAGAAGAAGUUAAAGAUAAUCCCCAAGAGUGUAAGUUGGGGUGGGCAGUCCAAUGAUGUCUUUGACGCUUUGGUGCAUGAUUUCGUGAAACCCAGGAUUAGCGAGGUUGAUGAGCUUCUGUCUCUGGGAGUCAAUGUCACCAUCUAUAAUGGACAGGUUGAUCUGAUUUGUGCAACCAAGGGCACCGAGGCUUGGGUUCGAAAGCUCAAAUGGGAAGGUAUGAAGGAGUUCAACAAAUUAGAGCGAAAGCCUUUGCACUGCAAUAAUGAUGGAGUUACUAGAGGCUUUGUAAAGUCCUAUAAAAAUUUACAUUUCUACUGGAUCUUGGGAGCAGGACAUUUUGUACCGGUGGAGCAACCUUGCAUUGCAUUAAAUAUGCUGGGUGAUAUUACUCAAUCUCCUGCGGCUUCUUCUUCAUAGAUAAAGAAAUAAAGAAGAAAUCUAUCGUCAAUAAAAGAAUUUGUUUUUUUCAGAAAUGUAUUGCCAAUAAAAGCACACUGACUGGAAGAAAAUACGGUCAGUCUUUUAUAUCUUUGUCACAUCAAUUGUUUUCUUUGAAUUGGUUAACAUUGAAAAGGAAAGAGAAAGAUGUGCUUGACUGAACUGCUGCUGGAGUAGGUUAAGUGUCUGGCCGUACAUUGCUGGAUAAAUAUAAAAAGUAAAAAGAACACAAUAAGUCGUCGGU